GUCUCGUGUUUCGAGGAGGCAGCGGCGGCUUGAAGGGCUCAGCUGUAGCGGGCUCAGCCGGCUCUGCAAGUAACAGAUGCGGGUGAAAGAUCCAUCCAGGACUGUUUCUGAAAAAACCAAAAGAAACAGAAGGCCUAAUACUCCUCUGGAUGAAGACUCUUCAGAUGACAUUGCUGCAGGUUUAACUUGUCAGCAUGUAAGUCAAGCUGUUAGCGUCCACCAUGUGAAGAAAGCAGUAGCUCAGAAUUUGUGGUCAGUUUGUUCAGAAUGUUUAAAGGAAAGAAGGCUUUGUGAUGGAGAGUCAGUAGAACCUGAUAUUUGGUUGUGCCUCAAGUGUGGUUUUCAGGGAUGUAGUCAAAACUCAGAAGACCAGCAUUCUUUGAAACACUUCCAGACUUCCCGCACUGAACCCCAUUGUAUCAUCAUCAGUCUUAGCACAUGGAUUAUAUGGUGUUAUGAAUGUGAUGAAGAAUUAUCAAUACAUCGUAAUAAAAAGGUUUUGGCUCAAAUAGUUGAUUUUCUACAGAAGCAUGUUUCUAAAACAGAAGCAAGUUCAUUUUCCAAAGUAAUAAGGCUUUGUGAAGAAAAAUGUGAAGCAGGUGAAAUAUGGAAAGGAAAAUGCCAAAUUAGCAGUUUACCAGCUUCUGUGAAAGGAAUUAAUAAUUUGGGGAACACUUGUUUUUUCAAUGCUGUCAUGCAGAACUUGGCACAGACUCACAUGCUCAAUGAACUGAUGUAUGAGGUCAAGGAAAAGGGGACAAAGUUAAAAAUUUUUCAUACUUCCGACCCUCAGUUGGAUCCACUAGUGGUGAGCCUGUCAAGUCCUGGAACUCUGACUUCAGCUAUGUUCCUGUUCCUUCACAGCAUGAAGGAGCCUGGAAAAGGACCACUUUCUCCUAAAGUUCUCUUUAACCAGCUGUGUCAGAAGGCUCCACGAUUUAAAGGUUUCCAACAGCAGGACAGUCAGGAACUUCUCCAUUAUUUACUGGAUGCAGUGAGGAUAGAAGAAACAAAGAGAAUACAAACUGGCAUUCUAAAAGCAUUUAAUAAUCCAACUACUAAAACUGCAGAUGAGGAAACCAGAAAAAAAAUCAAAGCGUAUGGAAGAGAGGGAGUGAAGAUGAACUUCAUAGAUAGGAUCUUUGUUGGCGAAUUGACUAGCACAGUCAUGUGUGAGGAAUGUGAAAAUAUCUCAGCCAUGAAAGAGCCUUUCAUUGAUCUUUCACUUCCUAUAAUAGAAGAAAGGGUGUCAAAACCUGUUCCAUUGGGAAGAAUGAAUAAAUGUAAGAGUUUACAAGAGGCAGACCUUAAUCAGUACAAUUGUACUUCUGCUACUACAAUGAAUAAUCAUCUAAAAAGUACUAGGAAACACUCCUUAACUAAAGAUAAGAAUCAGCUAAAUUAUGAAAGAAGACUUGUAAGAAAAUCAUCAUCUGGGGAAGAAGAGAAAAUUCCUGUUAUCAUGCAUCAGAAAAAUGGAAACCUUGAAAUAAAUGGGGAUUCUUCAAUUUUGUCCAUAAGAGACACAAGUAGGGUGUCUGAGACUACAGCAAAUGCAAGUCAGACUGAUGGAAGUGAGAAAGAAGUCAGCCAUUCUGAAAGCAGCGUUGAUGCUGACAGUGAGGCUUCAGAAUUUGAAAGUGCUUCAAAGCAAACCAUUUCUGUUAGACCCAGUAGUUUAUCUUUUUUGCAUGAAGGUGUUCCUCCCCGUUCAUCAGUAGUCCCUGAACUUCCAUUUGCAAAUGCUAGUGAGAGUGGUAAGAAAAUGAUCACUGAAGCCAUUGCCAAAUUCAGCCUAAGUGACACUGUAACUAGAGGUACAGAGCUUAACAAUGAACAUCAGCCAUUCAAUUUUUCAAGCAGUUCACUAUGUUCAGUGGAGAAGUAUACGUUGUCCCGUGGCCCCCAAAAUGCUUUCCAAACCCUUUCUCAGAGCUAUACAACUUCUUCCAAAGAAUGUUCAAUUCAGUCCUGUCUCUACCAGUUUACAUCUGUGGAGUUACUAAUGGGAAAUAACAAGCUCUUAUGUGAGAAUUGUACCGAAAAGAAACAGAUGUACCCAAAGAAAAUCAGUUCUGCAGAAAAGAAACCAGAAGGCGUGUAUACCAAUGCCAGGAAACAGUUGCUCAUUUCUGCUGUUCCAGCAAUUCUUAUUCUCCAUCUUAAAAGAUUCCAUCAGGCUGGUUUGAGUCUACGAAAAGUAAACAGACACGUGGAUUUUCCACUUGUGCUAGAUUUAGCACCCUUUUGUUCUGUUACCUGCAAGAAUGUAACCAGUGGAGAGAGAGUUCUCUAUGGUCUUUAUGGAAUAGUGGAACAUAGUGGCUCAAUGAGAGGAGGCCAUUAUACAGCCUAUGUGAAAGUCAGAACAACUUCCAAGAAACCAUUGGACCACAUUGUUGCAAAUAAAAAUAUCCAUGGUUUAAAAGAAACAACGGGAGCAUCAGCAGGACAAUGGGUGCAUGUUAGUGAUACUCAUGUGCAAAUGGUUCCAGAAUCCAGAGCACUUAAUGCACAGGCUUACCUUCUUUUUUAUGAAAGGAUAUUAUAGUGAUUAUUGUUUCUAAAAGUUAAUGAUUAUUUAGACCACCUUUAUUUAAAUGCUGCAGGGACAAACUGAAUAUGUAGUGUGCCUUUAUUAUGUUUUUUCUUUCAUAUAAUCUAUUGCAUCCCUUAGAUAGUCCUGAACUUUAAAAGAGUUUUUUGGUUAUUCCCUUUUAAAACAAGUUUUAUUUCCUCAAAACUUGUAAUGUUCCAUCUCCUUAAAUCAAAUGCAUAAUACUUGUUUUUCCUAAGGUUAUGUCAAAAAAAUGUCAUUUAUAUCUUGGGAACUGCAGCCCUUGAGUUCUGGGUGGUAUAAUUAAAUGGUAUUAGAAUUUGUCUCAUUAUUAUAUAGAUUUAGAUUUUUUUUUCAAGUUACUAUCCCCUAAAACAUAACUACUAACAGUAAAACCUAACAUAACACGAUAUGACAUGAAGUUAGACGCAUUCCUUUUUGCCAAAUCUUGUAUGUAGUUUCAACUUUUUUUAGUAGGUUUAUUAAAAAGUAAUUAGCUUACUGUUUUGGUGUAUUUUGAAAACUGGAAGUAUAGGGGAAAAUUGUCCAAGUUUAUGUUCUCAGCCAACAUGUAAUAGAGUUUGAAAAACAUCCUACACAUGGAUCACCAAGUAAAAUUUAUGUAAGGCAACUUGUAACGGGUUCCCAGUAGAUGUCAGUUCAUUUAGUACCAUGGGAAAAUUGCUAGAUUACAUUUUAAAGUUAUCAGGAUUGUAUUCUUUAUAACAUUCUCUUACAAGAAAUUAUAAAGUUUUAUAGUCUUAUAUUUUAGUAAAUAUUGACUUUAGCUUUUGGGAGAGGAGUUCUGAGGUCUUAAUUCCUUUCUGUAUUCAGCAUAUCAUAUACAUUCAGGUUCGGUUAAUUUUAAUUUAAAUAUGAUGUUAGCUUUUCUGUUUGUUUCUUAUAUACAAGUAUUUUGGGAAUAGUUUUUUCUUUGACCUUGUGACUACCAUGAAAAUAGUGCUUUUUUUUAAUAAAUAUAAAUAGUGGCUUUGUCAAAAAAUGAAAGUACAAGUAAAACUAAAUUGUAUUCUUGACCUGAAAAGUAUUAAAAUUACUUCUCAGAGUUAGGUUUUUUUUUUUCCAAAGGUACUCAGGAUACUUUUUUUCUAGCCAUAGUAAUAUUGCAUACAAUUUUAUUUAUUACAAAUGAGCCUAUAAUCAGCAGUUAACUAUAAAAGUUUGAUUUCACAAUAUCACUUUGAAAAAUUCAAUGAAUAGAAGGCAUUACUAUCCAAGAAAAUAGUUUGUCACAAAAAAAUACAUAGCACAUGACAACUCAAAACUUUACAUUGGCUAAUAGAAGUAAGCUAAAGUGAUUUUCUAAGUUCCCAUUGCAUACCACCACUUUAAUGGUAUGUCAUUGACCCCAGUUAUAUAGGUUCAGAGUACCCUGAUCAAAUGCAUAGGAAUUAAUAGCUGUUGCUAUCCAGGGAAUCUGGUAAAUGUUUGUCUUCCAGUACAUUCUCUUUUUGAGAAGAAAGCUAGGAAAUGUUUGGAAAUAGGAGUAAAAAAGUGGCAGUGCAUUGGUUGAAUGUUGCUACCUCCUUAAACCAUGACCCUCUGACAUAAAAAUAUGAAGUGGACCUUUUAGUAACUUAUUGACUACUAACGUUUGUGAUUAGUUUUUAAGCUUUUGAUAGAAUACAAAAUAUGGGGCUUGAAUAGUACACACUUCUAGCAAUUUGUUUAUUUUUUUCUUGUAAAGCAUUGACAUUCACAUUUCAAUUGCAUCUUUAUAUUCUGAAUUUUUAGUCAUUUGAGAGAUAUACAAUACUCAUGCUAAGAUUUGGGGUGGGGAGUCUGCGUGUAUAAUUAUCAAAACUAUGAUCUAAUAGGAUACAUCCUAAUCCAACGAGAUGCUAAGGAAGUGUGUAGUUUUUUUUUAGCUUAAUUAUUUUCAGUACACUACUUGUGUACUAAUCUAGCUAUUUCUUUUUGAUGAUGCUAAGUAUCAGUUAUCUCUGUUUCUAAACCUACCAGGCCAUAGCAGUUGCACAUUUCUCAGAGGCAAAGGACUAAAGAAUUUCUGUUGAAAAGGUAGGUUGUUAGAUAGGUUGAGUUUUUAAAGGAAACCAGAGCCAGCCUUUCCUUACUUUUUAUCUGCUUACUUACACAAAUGAAGCUUGAGAUAGUACUGGAUUAUCUCAGGAAGGUCAAAAAUUAAGGGAAGUGAAGAAUUCUUCCCAGCCAGAUGAAGCAAAGUAAGUACAGAGAAUAGAAAAUUUUCAGCUCCUACUUAGCACUAGUGAUUAAUUCAUCAAACAGCUUCUCAAGCAUUGAUUUGAUUACUAUUGAAUAAGUUUUAUAGUCUUAGAAUUUUAGAGCUAAAGGAAGCUUUAGUGAUCUGAUCCAGGGGUUGCCAAGAGCCCACCGUAGAUCUUUACUUUUAUGCAGCUUUUAGUGUCUUGAAUCCUCUCAUUAACAGGCAAAAGCCUUAAUUAUUAGAACAAUGGAUUGCUGAUCCAAAACCGUCAGAGAUUUCAUAUUCCAAGGAUGGAAGCAUAGUGUCCUAAAAGGAGGGGUUACCCCAUUUGGAGCUAUUCUCCUCAUUUAGGCUCUCAUUCAGCGUAGGAGCGGGGUAGUAGAGCUUGUUUUUUGCCUACUGCCUGUACUUCCUCCUGUCUUAUACCUCAUCUCCUCAGAGCCAGGUUCUCUCUGCCUUUGACAGCUACUUUAAGAAAUUUAUACAAAUAUGCUAAGAGAAAGAAGUUUUAGGAGUUUUCUGGUGCCCAUCUUUUAUUUUAAAAUGUUUUAAAACUGUACAUGAAGUUAUUUUCUAAAAAAUAACAAAAAUGGCUCUUUUCCCUUAAAAGGUUAUUGAUUUCUGGUGUAGUCUAGUCUACUUAUUUUACAGAUAAGGAAGUUAAGAUGAAGAGAUUAACUGAUUUUAAUUGAUUGGUUCUGGGUUACUGUUCUCAUAGUGGUGGAGCUGGAACCAGAACCUAAUUCUCAUGACUUGAAUUCCCAGUGAUCUUUCCAUUUAGCCCUGCUGCAUGUUUAUCAGUGUAUUCUGGGUUUGACAUUUUACCUCAGUGUUCUGAAAGCUGCACUAGCUUUUUUUUAUAGUUCACUUAAGUUGAUGUUUUAGUAUGCAAAAGCCAGAUUGGGUUUAUUUAUUAUUCCAGAAAUAACGUGGAAGAAUUGUGGUUCACUUUUAAUUUCCUUAGCUUUUAUACUAAUUAUGAAAUCUUUAGUCUCAUAUGACCUUGAGUUUAGGAGCUCUCUUAUUAUGCACAGUCCAGAAUGUUCAUCUUCUGAAUAGAAAAGAUACUAUUUGACUAAGAGUAUAAUAUGCUGGUAUUGGUUUUUGCUGUAGAGAAAGCAUGUAUUUAUUCUACUUAUACAUAGUACAUUUUUAAAUAUAACUUUUGUUUUGACUAUUGCCAAA